GUCAUGGGAUUCCACUUCCCCCUCUCCCUCUUUUUGGCAAACCGAUCAUAAGGAAAGUUCCAGUCGACAAAGUUAAGGUUUAAAAAGUUAAUUCUAGAUAACGCGUUUUAUUAAAAUUCAGGUUUGUUAGGAAGUUAGAAGUAGUUUAAGUAGCUGUCAUAAUUUUAUACCAUUUUUUGUUAAUUCCUUUGUUUUGCACGUUUUCUACACUAUCCAAUAAUUCGCCACCAUGUCAGUUACCACAAUGAACGAACCUCCUAGAAUUUACUAUGAAGAAGAAAGUCAGUCAGACAAACUUCUCAGGAAAUCUAAAGAAACACCUGUCUUUCCAAUUGCUAUUGGUAUUUGUGCUGCAGCAGUAGGAUAUGGAAUAUACGCCUAUAAAAACAAAGGAAAAAUGAGCACAAGUGUAUACCUAAUGCACCUUCGAGUUGGAGCACAAGGAGCGGCAGUAGGAUCUUUAACACUAGGUUUGAUAUACACAAUGAUCAAUCGACAUUUCCUGAAGAAACCAGAAUAGUUACCUUUAACAAAGAAUUAAUGCGCUCUUAAUGUUGUACGAUGUAUCUGAAAAGUAUUAUAAAAUUAUCAUUUUUAACAAUGUAGUAAACUAGGGAUUGAUUAUAAAAACGUUUUCAGGAUAUAUCUAUAUUGUUUAUGAACAAUUCUAUAAAGUCUAUUAAAUAUGUAUUUAAAGAAAAAAAUGUUGAUCUCUAACGAAUAGAAACGUAAUUAAGUAUUAUAAAAUUAUAAUUUCAAAAUUAUUAUUGCUAGGGCUACUAUUUAUGUUUUUGUUACUUUUUUAUUAAGUAGACAUAAAUGUAAAAGAUAAUAUCAAAGAAAGAUACUAUACAUCUGGAAACAUUUAUUUUUUUGUGAUUAUUUUUGCUCAAAUACCAUGCCAUAGGGUGUAAAGAAAACAGAAACUUUAGAUGGGCUGGUCAUGUAGUGAGAAUGAAGACCAUAUAUUGCCGGAAAACCCCUAAAUUGUAAAAUGCAGGGCACAACACCAAAAGGAAGGCCACAGUAACGGUGGCAAUCUGAUCUUACUGACCUUCAUCUCCACUUUCCUCACAAUUUACAGUUCAUUUUUAUCUUUACAAGUAUGUCUUGCAGCGGUAUCGGGUUCCAUGGUUUCCAGAUGGUUAAGGCUGUGUUGUUCCUCUUCAUCUGUUUGUUCCUAGCCUGUUCUUGUCCCAAGAGAAGCUAGGAAACGGAUGUUCAUGCCAGAAGAAAACUAAUGAACUCUAGGUGUCAUUCAAUGACACCUUGAGUUAUGCCAUCCUUAGCUUCCACUUGUUUGUGUUCAGCUCACUUAAUUGACAGCUACAACCAUCCCACAGCUCUUUGAGGUUGUCGCAUUACUAGAGUUACUAGAAACUUUGACAGCUUAUGUUUAACAUCCAGUGUUUUAAUGAUUGUUGUAAUAUCAUGAUAGAGAUCCCGUCAUUUAGGUAGGCACUAAUUUGCAUAUUAUGGCGCAUCUAAAAAUGGUCCAAGAACCGUCUUAAAAAUUGGUGAUUGGUUAUAACAUUGAAGUAUUGAAAUUGUUUAAUGCUAAGGAGUGGCUAAAGAAGAAACUUCAAAUUUUGACUUCUAUAUAAGUGCAAUAAUAUGCAAAUUAGUGCGUUCCCAAAUGACGAGAUCUUUAUCAUAAUUAUGAGAGUAGGUUGGUUUAGGACAACUAUCUCCAACUAACUAGGUACAUAGUAAAUUUAGUAAUUAUUUUUUUGUAAUGUUGGUAAAAUUGUGAUAUCGACUAGAUAUGUUGGAAGUUUGGUACAACCAGGGGCGGGUAUUCAUAGCCAAUACUAAUUGUAACUUAGAAGUAAAAAAUUAUCCAUAAGCAGUUUUUUAACAUUAACUGAAUCGAUUAAAACACUAAAACAAAGGUUUAAAUGGUUAUUUUCAAAAUGUUAUAGUUUUUUCUACAAUUUUUGUAUUCUGAGAACAAUUUUCAAAGUGAAAAUAGAAAUGUCAAAGGUAAAGGUAAAAAUACCAUUUGGAAAAGAAAAAUUUUUGUUGAUGUGCUAUGAACUUGGCUAUUGUGAGCAAAACUGUGAACUUUAAUGGUUGUAUGAUAAUUGUUGAUGAUUUUAGGAAUGUACAACUUGCCAUUUUACUCAAAUGUAUAACUUUAAUAAAGAAAACGCUUUAAUAUAUCACUCAUGUUUAUGAAUGUAACUUGGUUAUUGUAAUCUGUGAUAUGCAUAUGAAAAACUAACUGAUAGUUACAUGUAAAGUUAAAAAUGACGUUUUAUAAUUAUUAACAGAAACACUGUAUUAAAAUUACAUAGAUUUAUUGUGUACGUUUACAGUAGUUGUUAAUGUUACUUUAAAUAUUAAUUUAUUUUUAAAAUAUAUGAUUUACUUUGAUAUAA